UCAAAACAUACACCGUCAUGUGAUAGACAAAAAUCCCAUGACUGCAAUCAUGGAGCAGGAAUUCUAACAAAUUCCUCCAGUGCGGACGCAUAUUAUGACCAUUUCCUGCUUGCGUCUGCAACGUGGAUGAUGUCAUAAUGCACAAUGCCAGUGUCAUCAAGGUUCUGAAACCCACUGUGGGCUUCGCCACUUGUUUGAAAUGGAGCCCAGCACCUAGAGAAUGGGCGUAAAUGAGAAACGAGACAGAAAAUGUCUAGCCGAGGAAGUGCAAGUUCUGGUUCCGUGCCGUUGAAGAGGGGGCCGCUUAUGAGGCCUGGUUCAGCCAGAGCUAGAGAUGAAGGGGAGGCAACUCCAAGGAUGGUGGUGAAGGAGACCAGAGCUGUCGUCGUAGACAUUGGCACUGGCUCCUGCAAGUGUGGGUUUGCUGGGGAACUCAAGCCAAGCCAUGUGGUCUCCUCGACUGUGGGCAAGCAUAUCCAAGAGACGGCAAAAACGGGAGACAAUAGGAAAGAGACUUUUGUCGGCCGAGAACUUAGAGAUGCAGGAAUACCCCUGAAGCUUGUGAACCCUUUGAGACAUGGGAUCAUAGUGGACUGGGAUACUGUUCAAGACAUGUGGGAAUAUCUUUUCCUGAAGGAGAUGAAGAUUCGGCCCGAGGAGCAUGCGGUCCUAGUAUCUGAUCCGCCCCUGAGCCCUACCACCAACAGAGAAAAAUACGCAGAAAUGCUCUUUGAGAGCUUUUGCACUCCUGCCAUGCACAUCGCUUACCAAUCUAGAUUGUCCAUGUAUUCCUAUGGCAAGACGUCGGGUCUCGUCGUAGAGAGCGGUCACGGUGUCUCCUACGUGGUCCCCAUUUAUGAAGGCUACACCAUGCCAAGCAUUACUGAAAGGGUCGACUACGCUGGGUCCGAUGUCACACAACACCUCAUGAAGUUAUUAAAUGACUCCGUGAACUUGUUCACAGAGAAAGACUGGCCCAUUCUGGAAGAUAUCAAAGAGAACCACUGCUUCACUUCCGUGGACUUCCAACAGGAGUCAACGGCACCUUCCAGGAAAUACGAGAUGGAAUAUGAGCUUCCUGACGGGCAAACCAUCAUCAUCGGCAAAGAGAGAUUCCUGUGCUCCGAAAUACUCUUCAAGCCGUCCUUGAUCAACUCGCAGCAGCUGGGGCUGCCUCUCCUCACCAUGACUUCCCUCAAUAAGUGCGAUGUCACGCUCAAAAAGAACCUGAUGGGCAACAUCUUGUUGUGUGGGGGCUGUACAAUGCUUAAGGGCUUUGCUGACCGCUUCCAGAGAGAGCUGAUUAAAAUGUGCCCAAAUGACAACCCCAUUUCAUCAGCUGCCGCUGAGAGGAAAACGUCUGUGUGGACCGGAGGCUCCAUCUUGGCCUCCCUUAAGGCUUUCCAGCAGCUCUGGGUUUAUAGGAAAGAAUAUGAAGAACGAGGUCCUUUUUACAUCUACAGGAAAUGUUUCUGAGCUCCCACCACUGAUUAAACUCUUACACACACACACACACACACACACACACCUCAAGCUAGAUGCAGAGAGGCUAAAGAAGUCUCACACCCGCUUUUCGGUUAGUACCCAUCAAAAGUUACUUGAUCUGUGAGCACUAAUGGACUGCUUACUUUCCAUUCUCCCUGUAUUAAAAGCCCAUAGUAAACACUGCAGUUAUAACAAAGUGGUUUUCCAUUUCUUGACACAAAGCGGCACAGCAAAUUUGCACAUAGGUAAGGCCUUCCUGCUGGAUCCAGUCGUGAGUUAUGUCACGUUCUCAGGAAGCAAGUGUAGCAUCCGGCUGGAUUUCUGUCUUAUAGAAGAAACGGAAAACUGGAAUUAUUUUUGCCUCGCGUUCCAAACGGUAAUGGAGUUGAACAUGAAACCACUGCCUGCUAGGCCAACAUCUUUCAAAUAUUUUUGCUUGGGAAAAGGGACGAGCCUUUUCACUUAUAAAAUGUGUUAAGUGUGAAUUAGUCAAAAGUUGUGUUCCUUUCAGGGAUGCCUUACUCCUUUUCUAGCUCAAGAAUAGCAGUGCAGAGCGAAACAAACAAAAGUUUAAAGUUGCUAUAUCAAUAUAGCAUUUACACACGCACACAAUCAGGCAUAAUCCAGCACUGCAAUCCUAUACACACACUUAGGUAAAGGUAAAGGGAUU